UAUAGAGAAAGUUGCUGUUUUGACAAAACUGCGUUUUACGUAUAUUUACGGGAUAUAAAGAACUAAACGAUUACUCCUAAACGUCUUAAUGGUAAUACUAGCAGUACUACUGUUGCAGUGGUGUAAUUUUCCUUUCCAAAAACAGUAAGUUCUCCUCUUGUAAUUGUGUUGCUGCGUGUUGAGUCUUUCGAAAAUAGAGAGAAAGGAGUCACAUAUGGCUUUAAGGCGAUUAAAUGCUCCGGACUGAUGGCAUUUCAAUUGCACAUUAGACUGCGAAUAUUCUAGUCAUCUGUACAAGCUCUAGCCGGUCAUUUGAUUUUUACUUUUUUUCCAUUUGCAGUGCAUUUCCUAAAAUAUCUACUGAGCGUAUCACCAUAUUAUUGUUUUAUUUUUUUAUGGUAACGUCAAUGCGUUUAUGAUCACCGAGAUCUCUCCCGUAGAAAACUGACGAUCCGUUCAUUUGACGCAGAUACCUGGGCAUCAAUGUUACGCUUUGCAGAUCGCCAGAUCAUGUUGCUGUCCAUCGCGUUGCUUCUACUCUUUCUGUCUCCAUCGAGGAGUUCAAGGCUGUGUAGUCACAUCUGCCAGUGCUAUGAGCACUCAGACUUGGUGGAUUGCCAUGCCAGGGGUUUUGAGGAUGUGCCUCAUGGACUUCCUCAUGGCACCUGGCUUCUGGACCUGGGAGGAAACAAGUUUACGGAGAUCCGGAGUCGAGCUUUCGCUGGCCUUUGGUCUCUUCGCAUUCUCGUGCUGUCGGACUGUAGCAUCCAGCAUCUACAAACACACGCAUUCUACUCUCUCUCCUUUUUGGAGAAGCUGGACAUGAGCCGUAACAAUCUCACUCUGAUACCUCCUAAUUUCUCAGAGAGUCUGUCUGCCCUCCGUGAAUUACGACUCGACCACAAUGCGCUGGUGCUGCUGAAGUCCCCAGGCCUAGAACAUCUUGAGAACCUUGAGAAGCUGGACCUCAGUCACAAUAGUAUCUACUCCCUGGAACCUGGCGCAUUCCGUGGCCUGUCCCGCCUGCGCCACCUUUACCUGCAAGGAAACCGUCUGUCUGUAGUGCGGCAUGGAUCUCUUACCAUGCUACCUGGGCUAGAGGUGCUGCUCUUGGGGAGCAACAACAUUUCUCGGAUUGCGGUAAAUGCACUAGCACCACUGCACAGUCUGUCUCUGUUGGGCUUGGAAGGGAAUCAUCUGGAACACCUGAAUUUUAAGACCUUCUUGAGCUUGCACACAGCUGCUACACACCUGCAGUUGGCUGGGAACCCCUGGAACUGUGACUGCGACCUGCACCGUGUCUUCAGCAAGCUGCUCAGUGUACGCCAUCUCCACGUGGACGACUAUCACAAUGUAACCUGUCGGGAGCCCUGGCAGCUUGCCGGAGCCUCUUUGGCAUGGGUGGACAGCCAGUUGUGUGUGGCUGAGACCGUUACUGUGUUGGUCAUCACUGUUACUGUGAUUGUGACCGUCUUUGGUGCUUUAAUCAUGGCAGAGAAAAAACGAAAGAAGAGAAAAUACUGGGAGAGUGAGGGGGAAUCACAAGAACAAUGAGCUGAUUUUACAAGAUGCUUCUCUCUCAUGAAAACCAGCAGCCCUGCUUUGGCGUCCCUUCCCCAACAAAGAGUAAACACAGGUUGAAUGGAACUUUAUAGUUAUAGAUGGAAGGAACUGGUCUGGUAUCAUCAGUUCAUUUGAACCCAGUUCAAACUAGGUUGAUGAGGUAAUGGAGUUGGAAGGUUGCAAAUUGUCCAUGGACAGAAGCUGGUAGAACAGCAUCAUAUUAUCUUGUUAUCAUGAACACAAAUUAUUGACCGGUUUCAGUGACAUCACUUAAUACUCACAGUCGCCAUAUUUGUGGCCAACAUUGGGAGGUAACAAUGGCGGAGAAUGGAAAAACACCCAUGAAAAGAUAUCCUGAACAAACAUAAAAAAUUGCUUUUGAUCCAUGGCAAGCCUCAAGAAAGGUUCACACAGGUCUGAAGACAGCACAAAUAUAGCCAUUUAAAUAUAUUCUAUUCCACGAUUCAUUUCCGUACGCUGGUGAGUCUGAUGUGUGACCGAUGACACUGGUGAUAUACCAACCAGUACAUCACUGUAAACUCUCAUUCAGAAGUUACAACUGUUUUGUGUUGUUUUCAGGUCUGAUUUGGUCACAAUAUUACAAAACGUCUGCGAUGAUCCCAUUUGUAUGAAUGUAAGAGCUGCUUUUAACUCCUGAAGAAGACUUUUAUUGCUUCUCAGAAUGCAGCACUUUGAAGGUAUAUGGAAUAUUGGUCACAAACAUGGCUGCGCGGUCAUACGGGGAAGUCACAGGAAACAGGUCAAUGGGGGGGGGGGGCGCUCAGAUACGGUUUGUUGUCUCAAUUCAUUAUUAUUUUUUUUAGUCCUGAAAAUUCUGUCAACUCAAGCUCAUGUCAUUCCAAACACAUGACUUUCUUUUUUAUGCAAAGCACAAAUGGACAACUCUUAAUGAUUAUUCCGGUCCGUCUUGUCAACACAAUGGCAGUCAAUAGGGACUUGAAAAUAAUAGACCCAAAAGCAUCAUAAUAUUCCAUGCGACUUGUUCAUCAUAUUCUGGUCAAGUCUUUUGAAGUCUUAUUUGAAAUCUUGACAUCCGUUGUAUGUUUGUGAAUGCUAUGAGAGAAGCUAUUUUAGCAUGAUAAAUGUCCCAACACAAAUGGAUUAAGCAAAGCUGACAAGAAACUUUUUAGUUGAAUAAACUCAGUCCAUUUAAGUUCCCUUGGUUACAUGGGAUUUAUUUAGUAAUAUGAACAUGAGAGGAUUGAGUAAAACUGAAAAUAUUGAAACAUCUACAAACCACUGUCUUGUUUCAGGGCCGGCUCUGGCCACAUUGAUGCCCUACGCAGAGUUCUGCGAUCGUU